GCAUGCAAUGCAUGCGCAGUGAGGUCAGGUGUCAGUUGUGAUGUUUUGUGUAAAGAAGUUCGGGUGCGAAGUGAAUAUAAAUAAAUUAAUACAUCCCUUAUAUUUUCUUUUCCUGCUAUUAAUAUACCACAACUUAUUGGUAAACCUUUAAAAGAUAAGUGAGUGGUUGAUAUAAAUUUAUGAACAGCGAAUUCGGUUCUAGUACCUUACUUAAAUUUUGGGGUUAUUGAUCAGGGUAAAGAUAUAAAUAAAAAUGAAACUUAUAACUCACAAUAUGCUAACUUCUAAAUGUCUAAAAGGUGUAAUGACAGGUUACCCACUUUCUAUUAAUGCUACAAAUGUAAAAGUAACUGAAGUGGAAUUUAAUCCAGAAUUCAUAACAAAAAUAAUACCGAAAUUGGAUUGGAAUGUCCUAUGGGGAGCUGCAAAUAGUAUUGGUCAUAGCGAAGGCCUUCCGACAACCCUAGAACCUAAAUAUGAGGACGACGAAGAUUUCUUAAAAAAAGCUCACAGAGUGCUUCUAGAACUUGAAGUAGAAGAAGGUUACCUAACUUGUCCGGAAUCUGGAAGACAAUUUCCUAUUUCAAAAGGGAUUCCAAAUAUGUUAUUGACAGAAGCUGAAGUACAAUAAAAUAGAUUUUAAGGCAAAAUGUUUAUUAUUUG